CAAGGAAGUGAAACGAUCUUACCGAAUAUAAUCGAAGAAUUAAUUAAAUAGUUUCUGAUAGCGAUCUGAUAAACAUCGCUACGAUGCCUUAUAACAAAAGUGGAGGGAAGCAGUGUGUUGUCAUCGGCUGUACAAACAGUCAAAAGAAGUUACACGAUUGGAAAUUAACUAGAUCUAAAUGUGUUGAACAUGGUGCUGAGAAUCAAAACUGCGCCUGUGGGGCACCAUUCAAGUUGUUCUGCAUCCCAAUCAAAGAGCAUAAACGUCAAUUGUGGCUAAAUUCUAUCAAGAGAAAAGACUUCAAUCCAGCAUCAAAAGCACUGGUUUGCUCAGUGCACUUCGUAGAUGGUAAACCUACCCGACUAAAUCCGGUCCCAGUUGUGAACAUGGGCUACAACCUUCGACCCGCCACACCUGCACGCAGACCACUUGUGCGUAAAACAUUGCAGAUGCCUUAUACUGAGAGUGUGCAAGAGAUGAACACAUCAUCAGAUAGCCGUUUGAUUCUUGAUUCAUGUGAUACAUUGACCGCUACAAGGUUAGAGGUGGUAACGCCAGAACUGCCUGCUGAAUGUGAGUCCAUUUGUUGCCAGAAAUUUCAGUAUCUGUGCAGAAACCGUCCAGUUAUGGUCGAUACGUCCACAUAAACUGUUAAUGUUGUGGGACUUGAUCAUAAUUACAUGAAGAUGAAGACAACCAAGAAUGCAGCGGUACAACACUCAAGUGCUGAGUUAAGUGCUGAAAACAUAUUGUGUGAAUCUGACUCUCGCUUUUAUACUGGGCUUGCAUUGACUCAACUGUUCACGUUGAUUGCAACACUGGCGCCUUUCGGAUCUAACUUGCCCUACAAGAUGAAAGUGGCUGACCAGAUUUUUGCCGUGCUAGUUAGAUUGCGUCUGGGAUUGACUUACGAGGAUCUUGCAAGGAGACUUAAUAUGUCUGCACAACUUGUGAGUGACAUAUAUAAUUCGUGGCUAGACAUUAUGGCCGAACACCUUUCCAACUGUGUUGUCUGGCUUCCCCGAGAAACUAUUCAACGGACCAUGCCAUCAUCUUUUAAAGAAAGUUUUCCCCAAACAACAUGUAUAAUAGACUGUACUGAAGUAUUCAUACAGAGGCCGUACAAACUGAAACCACGCGCUCAGACUUGGAGUACAUACAAAAACAACAACACUGCAAAGUUUUUAGUUGCAAUUGCACCGAAUGGAUUCAUAAUGUUUGUUUCUAAACUAUAUGGUGGCCGAGCAAGUGACGUUUUCAUAACUAAGAAUAGUGGUUUUUUGGACUACCUAUUACCAGGUGAUGAGGUCAUGGCUGACAGAGGUUUCACAGUUAGUGAAGAACUUUGCUUUAGGCGUGUACGGCUAAACAUUCCGGCAUUCAUGAAAGGCCGUGAUCAACUUUCAGAAGAAGAGGUAGUUGAUACUAGACGAAUUGCAUCGAACCGCAUUCAUGUAGAAAGGGCAAUCAUGCGUUUGAAGUCGUACAAAAUAUUAAAUGGCAAGAUGUCGAACAAAGCAUUUAAGAAGGGUAAUAAAACUAUCCUAGUUAUAUCUGCCCUCUGUAAUCUGAGAGACCAACUGAUCAGAGAGGACAAUGAAAUCUGAUUUUAAUCAAGGGGAAUAUUGGAGUGGAGUUUGAAACAAUAAUACCAGCAUUAACUGUAUAGAUUGUGUGUGUGGACUGUUAAUUUGGUGUUUUUAUCUAAACAAACACAAAAAUUGAGAAAUGGCAUUGUUUUUUUAUUGCAGACAAAUCAUUUUUUAAUUUGUAUUGGAUCUAUAGAUAUAUAAAUUAUCAUGUGUUAUUUUUUAU